AUGAGUAAAAGGAACAACACAAAUGAGAAAAUCAUUUUCCCUCUUUUCAAUGGGAAAGUUAAUAAAUCAUCGAAGAGUUCAAUAGAUAUAAAAAGUUUAUAUGAAUUAUACAAUGAAUUAAAUUAUAAGAUAUAUACAAAUAUCUAUACUUAUAAUACAUUAUGUGAUGGGAUAUUUUUCUGUAGAGGUGUUAAUAAUAUAAGUGGAAAAAAAAACAGUGGCAAAAGUAGUAUGUGUUAUCAUAUAUGCGUAAAUUUAUUUUUUAAUGAUUUGUUACAUUAUUUUCAUCUUUUCUAUUCUUGUUUUUUUUCAUUCGAUAAUUUUUUACAAAAAAAAAAUAUUCAUAAUGUAUGUGAUUAUAUGAAUACCAUUUUGUGGGAUGACAUAGAAAAGGAAUAUAUAAAACAACAUGAUCAUUUCAGGCAAUUACUACAAAUAAUAAGAUAUUUUGUUUUAUUAUUUAAGCAACAUUAUGGAAAGAAAAAUUAUAUGGAAAAAAUACACAAUAUUGAUAACACAAACAAUAUUGAUAACAUAAACAAUAUUUAUAACACAAACAAUAUUUAUAACACAAACAAUAUUUAUAACACAAACAAUAUUUAUAACACAAACAAUAUUGAUAAGAUAAACAAUAUUUAUAAUACGCACAAUAUUUAUAAUACGCACAAUAUUGAUAACACACACAAUAUUCACAACACACAUACAUAUCAACAUAUUACCGAUAAUAUUUUUGAUGAUGCGUACGAAUGCUUUUAUACCCAAAUAAAACAUUUCUAUAAAAGAAAAGUUAUUUAUAUCGAUCUGGAUAACAGCUUUUUUAUUGAUCGUUAUAAAAAUAUGAUUUAUUCCUCGCUAGAAAAAAUCAAAAAAUUAAUGAAUAGGUACACAACAUUUUGUUCAGAAAAAAAGGGCAUACCAUUUUUAUUACUCUUAGAAAAGACAAAUAAAUAUAUAAAAGAAUAUAUUUCUUGUAAUAUAUAUAAAAAUUAUUCACACGACUUUCUUUUUUUCGUUGAUAUAUUUAAUCAUUAUUUAUUUAAAUAUAUAUAUAAUAUAUCUUUUUCUCAUGUUUUUAAAAAUUUACAACUAUUAAAAAUAUUCAAUUUUUAUGAACUUAUUAAUGUCAUCAAUUAUAUUUAUGAACAUAUUCAAAUCUAUUCAUCCUCCUCAUCCUAUUAUCAUUUUAAUAAAUAUAUACCACCCGAUCUAGGAAUUGUUGUCAUAGAUAAUCUUAAUUAUAUAUUUAAAGGUUGUUCUUUAAAUAAUAAUAUCAAUAUUUAUUACGAAUUAGAAAUGAUCUUAAACAAGCUAUCUAUCUUAUCUUUAGAAAAACACAUCUGUAUAUUAAUAACAAACCAUGAGAAUAAUUAUUUCACAAGACAUGAAACAUUCAAUAAAAAAAAUGACAACUCCUUUUACAAAAUUAUUUCUCCAUAUAUAUAUAACAAUAUACAUCUCAAAAUAAUAAAUCAAAAAAUCUUCUUUGAAUAUAAUUAUCCAAAAAAACAUACAAAAAAAAGGAAACAAGAUACAAAUCAAAACAUAAAUAAUACAACUAAACAAAAAAACGAACAAAUCACUAUUAAUGUAGGUGAUGAUAUAAAACAUAAUAUACAACAAAAUGAAGACUAUACCUUAUACAAUGUCUAUUCUAGUGACGAUGAUCAAAGUCUCGAUCAAAUGGAUGUACAAGAAAAGGAUGACGACAAUUCUUUUUAUGAAAAAAAAUAUAAUUUAAGAUAUAUUAAAAUAAAGGGCAAAAAAAAAUCAACAUUCUGUUUUUUUGAAAUUAAUAAAUAUGGAAUUGAAACAAUGUUAAUGUAA